AUGUCAAUACAUGACGGGUUUCUAAAUACGAGCAACGCGCUAGGCAAUCUCGGCACUGUAGCCACCAACGUCAAUGUGCACAGAUUUUUCCAAAAUGUGGAUGGAAGAAACUGGCAUUGCAUAGCUUCCUAUUGCAAGUUCAAAGAUGUCAAUAACACCGCAUGGGAUCAUAUGGAGAUAUACGAAGAAAGUUUAAAGACGAUUUUAGAUCACCAUGCCGUGUCUUCUAUACUCAAGAUACGCGCAAAGCAACUUCUAAACAAAUUUGAGCCAGAGACCUUUGCGUUUGAGCUUGCCAAGACCAUAAGAGAUGCCGCGAAGAUACAUGCAGAAACAAGUGCCCAGACAUUUCACCUCAACAUUCUUGAAGGAAACACCAAAAAACAUCUGCUAAGCGGCGCUAAUGAUGUCAGACAACGGCAGAUAACAAAAGCUGAAGGCGACAGCGACCAUUAUUAUAAAGAAUCGCGACAGAAAACCGCUCAACGCCAUUCCAAUGUCUCUGGAAACUUAUCCAAUCCCAGGGUUGAUAUUGAUCUGCCUAGAAUUUCGCCUUCUAAGCUACUUGGAGAUAACGAUGUUGAAGAGGGAGAAAAUCAGUUAGAUCACGAAAAUGCAAUACUAGAGACCUCCUCUUACAAGUCUUUUACCUUUGGUGCGACAUCCAAAACAGUAGAGGAUACUAUGGCCAAUUUAUCAGACAGUGAGGACGUGAUACCAACGACCCCUCCUUACCAAUCUUGCAGUCUUGCCUCAAGCUUGGAAUCGAUAACAUCAACACCCAUGGCGGUGCAACAAGUCCUGGCGCUAAUGAUACCCUUCAGGUUUGAGCAACUUGAUCUAGAAAUCAUUUGUUUCAUUCUGUCCCAAGAAUACGGAGUUUUGCUGGAUUAUGGUGGGCUUUGA